AUGAUUUCGGCAAAUGCAUCUUGGAUAUUUCAUUCAAAUCCAAAAUUGGCUACUUAUCAUUGGACAUCAAAGGGUUGUGCAAUAACAGAUGAAGACGGUAGUUUUUCAUUCAAAAAUCCGCAUCGAAAUUUUGUACAAUUUUCAAUAGAUAAACAAGCGCAUCCAAAACGACAUCUCAUAUAUGCAUUGAUUUCUAUGAUAUUAUGUUUUCCUACUGGUAAAGUAUUGGAGCACUUUAUUAUGCUUCGAAAUCUUGGAAAUAUUCAAGGAUAUCAUCGUGCAAUCGAAAUGCAAACAGGCAAGGUUAUCGAUCAUAUUGUUAAAUGGCUAAAAGAUUAUGCGGUUAAAAAUGCCGGAACUAAAGGUUUUACUGUCGGAAUUUCGAAUGGAAUUGAUUCGUCUGUUGUCUCAACGUUAUGUGCUCGCACUGGUUUACCUUUACUUGCUGUUGAAUUACCUAUUCAUCAUUCCAAACCCAAGGAAAAAGGUCAGUCAGUUCACAUCGACUGGCUGAAGCAAAACUUCGGAAAUGGACAAGUUCGAUCAUUGAAUGUGAAUUUAACUGAUUCGUAUAAAAAAGUAAAAGAAACAUUCACAAACCUACAAGAAAACGAGACAACAGAAUUAGCAUUAGCAAAUGUACAAUCGCGUUUACGAAUGUUAAGUCUCUAUUACUUUGCUCAAGUCAAUGGAUACCUUGUUGCUGGAACGGGAAAUAAAGUCGAAGAUUUCGGCAUCGGUUUCUUUACGAAAUAUGGUGAUGGUGGUGUUGAUAUAAGUCCUAUUGGUGAUUUAUUGAAAUCCGAGGUUCGAUUAAUUGCACGUGAUUUAGGAAUUGAUCGUUCAAUAAUUGAAGCUGCACCGACGGAUGGUCUUUUUGGAGAUAUGCGAACUGAUGAAGCACAGAUUGGUGCAACUUAUGAUGAACUUGAAUGGGCAAUGGCACAUGCGAACAAAGAUGAACAAUCAAUGAAUGAAAGACAAAGAGAAGUGACGAAAAUUUAUGUACAACGACAUCGAGCAAAUCUACAUAAAAUGAAAGAAAUUCCUGUUUGUCGGAUUCCAAAAGAAUUCAAACAAGAAAAAUCAUAA